AUGGUGGUCCCUAAUAUGGAGGAGAUGAUGAUGAAGACAUCUGAUAAUGCCAUUUUAGACAAUUUAUCGAGCCAAAGUGUUCACAAUGAGAAGUUACAUGAAGAUAAUCAGAGAGAAGAGGAUGUUGUUGUGCCUAAGUAUCCAAAAGAGGAUCACAAUGAAAUGGUGCAGAGACUGCAGGAGGCUAAUGACGGUGAUGAACUUCGGAAUAGCCUUGAGUAUGAGAAAGGAGCUAGUGAGUUCGUGUCUUCUUCAUCAAAACGUUUAGGUGAUCCAGAUGAAAUGUUUUGCCCUUGUGUUGAUUGUCGCAAUGUCUGCCACCAAUCUAGUGAGAAAGUUUUUGAGCACCUGGUGAUUAGAGGAAUGGAUGAGAAGUACAAGAGCUCUAAGUUUUGGUCUAAACACGGGGAGACAAGACCUGAUAAGUCAGCUAAUGUGAUCUGGUCUGAAAAUGAGGCUUACGACUUGUUCAGAGCAACCUUCAUGCGAAGUCAAGGCAGCGAAGGAUACGCAGAGGAGAAUGCUGGAGUGUUUGAGGGCACUGAUACACCAGAAGAAGUUGAGUUUAGAAAGAAGUUAAAGGAUGCAGAAACUCCGUUGUACCCAAACUGUCUGAAAUUUACGAAGGUUGCUGCAAUCAUGGGACUUUACAGGAUAAAGGUGAAGAGUGGGAUGUCUGAGAACUAUUUCGAUCAGCUUCUGUCCCUAGUUCAUGAUCUGCUUCCCGGUGAAAACGUUCUACCUAAGUCUACAGAUGAGAUGAAGAAGUUUCUGAAACAGUUUGGUUUUGGGUAUGAUAUCAUCCAUGUCUGCAAGAAUGACUGCAUUUUGUAUAGAAAAGAGUUUGAGGAUGCAGUCAGCUGUCCAAGAUGUAGUGAAUCAAGAUGGGAGAAGGAUAAGCAGACUGGUGAGGAGGAGGAAUGGAUUCCUGUUAAGGUGCUUAGGUAUUUUCCGAUUAAAGACAGGUUCAGGAGAAUGUUUAGAUCAAAGCGGUUGGCAGAGGACUUGUGUUGGCACUCCACUAAUGCUUCUGAAGAUGGAACUAUGCGUCAUCCAGUAGAUUCAUUGACUUGGGCUCAGAUAAACAACAAAUGGCCAGAGUUCGCUGCUGAAGCAAGAAACCUAAGACUAGGUAUUUCAACAGAUGGCAUGAAUCCGUUCUCUAUCCAGAACACGAAGCAUAGCACAUGGCCAGUUCUAUUAGUCAACUACAAUAUGGCUCCGACAAAGUGUAUGAGGUCCGAGAACAUCAUGUUGACAAUGUUGAUACCUGGUCCAACCGCACCUAGCAACAACAUUGAUGUAUAUCUACAACCAUUGAUAGAGGACUUGCAUGAUUUGUUGACAGAAGGUAUGGAAGUUUAUGAUUCGUUUAAGAAGGAGAGUUUUACACUUAGAGCUGUGAUGAUGUGGAGUAUCACCGAUUAUCCUGGUUUAGGCACAUUAGCUGGGUGUAAAGUGAAAGGGAAGCAACCGUGUAAUGUCUGCGGGAAUGGUACACCUCAUAGGUGGCUAAAGUUUAGUCGCAAACAUGUUUACAUGGAGAACAGGAAGCGGCUCAGGCCUAGUCAUCCUUAUAGAAGAAGGAAAGAAUGGUUUGACAAUACAGUGGAGGUUGGUACUGCAAAGAGGAUUCAGAGUGGCUGCGAUAUAUUUGACAGUCUUAAGGACUUUAAAAACGAUUUUGGGAAACCUUUACCUAAGAAGAGUAAGCGGAAAAGGAUAGAAGGAGGUGAAGAUGAUGUUCUUUCAGCUGACGACUGUGAGGAAGAUGAUGAUCUGCGGCGGUGGAAGAAAAAAUAUAUUUUCUUUGACUUACCUUAUUGGAAGGAUAUGCCUGUGAGGCAUAACAUCGACGUCAUGCACGUCGAGAAGAACGUGUCUGAUGCGCUGUUGUCUAUACUGAUGCAUAGUGCGACAUCUAAGGAUGGACUGAAAGCAAGAAAAGAUUUAGAAGAGAUGGGUAUUAGAAGCAACUUACAUACACAAGCUAGGGGGAAGAAAACUUACUUGCCUCCAGCUGCGUAUUGGCUUUCAAAGGAAGAGAAAAGAAAGUUCUGCCGAAGGUUAUCCAACUUCAGAGGCUCUGAUGGAUACUGUGCCAAUAUAGCUAACUGUGUCUCACUGGAUCCUCCUUCUAUUGGCGGCAUGAAGUCACAUGAUCAUCAUGUUCUUAUGCAGAAUCUCUUACCAGUAGCGUUGAGAGGUUUACUUCCUAAAGGACCUCGGAUAGCAGUGACUCGCAUAUGCAAUUUCUUCAACAAACUCUGCCAACGUAUUCUUGAUCCAGAGAUGCUACUUGCACUAGAAACAGAGAUUGUGGAGACAAUGUGCCAGCUAGAGAGAUUCUUUCACUGCAAUUUCUUCAACAGACUCUGCCAACGCAUUCUUGAUCCAGAGAUGCUACUUGCACUAGAAACAGAGAUUGUGGAGACAAUGUGCCAGCUAGAGAGAUUCUUCCCACCUGCAUUAUUUGAUAUCAUGUUUCACCUUCCACUGCAUCUGGCAAGAGAAGCACGCUUGGGUGGCCCUGUUCACUUCAGGUGGAUGUACCCAUUCGAGAGGUAUAUGAAGACACUUAAGGCAUAUGUGAAGAAUUUUGCAAGACCUGAAGCUUGUAUGGCCGAGGGAUAUCUUGCUGGUGAAUGCCUCACAUUUUGUAUGGAGUUCUUGCAAAAAUCAGUUCCAGUAGAAGAAGCAAUUACAAGAAAUGAUGAUGUAGAGGCGACUCAAAAUGUACUAGAUGGCCGUCCACUGCAAAAAGCUACAGAAGUCACACUUACUGAUAAGGAGAGAGAUAUAGCUCAUCGGUACAUCCUCAUGAAUACUGCAGUCUUGGAUCCUUAUGUUCAGAUGCACUUAGAAGAACUACAAGCUACUGACGCAAAAUGCGCAAGAAAUGGAACUGUCUUAUGGAAAUGCCAUACAGAUAGGUUAUCAAACUGGAUAAAAGAGAAGACGGAAGAUGUUAAGCGGAAGACUCAGAACAGUGGGGUUACAAAUGAAGCAUUCUCCAUGUGCAGAGCUAGUGCCAAUGAUGCGAACCAACAGACAGACAUGGUAGCAUACUUUGGAGUCAUUCAGGAGAUCAUAUUGCUUGACUACCACAUGUUUGAGGUGCCUCUGUUUAAGUGUAGUUGGGCUCAUAAAGGGAGAGGAGUGAAAGAGGAAGACGGUUUCACACUGGUCAAUCUCCAUAUGAACCAGUCAUCAUUUGUUAAUGAUCCUUACAUUCUGCCUUCUCAAGCUAAACAAGUCUUCUACUCUAGAGAAGAUGACAGCUCACCUUGGUAUGUUGUUAUGAGAGCACCACCUAGAGGAUACCAUGAGUUAGAGACUGAAGAGGAAGUUAGUUCUGCACCCGUAACAGUUGAGCAUAAAGAAGAUACUGGAGAUCAAGCAUCUGAUGAUGAGAGUUUUUGUGUUAGGAAUGAUUGUGAGGGUGUUUUUAUAUAUGAGUAA